AUGGAGGAGCAACCGUCAGAGACUAUAGUGAACGAAGGUGUGACAAGGGGUGGUACCCCCGCAGCAUUGGCCUCCGUAGCGCCAUCAGCCAGUAACCCUUCACCAUCUCAGGAUGCUCCAGACAAUCCAGUCAUCCAGCUCCAAUCCUCAGAUAAGAACCAGGUUGCAUCCCAGCAAACCCAGCAACCCCAUAAUGGUCACCAGCAGCAACAGCCCCAGGCUUUCUGGUCCGGCCAGCUGCACGAGAUCAAGCAGACAACUGGUCUCAAGACCCACAGCCUCCCCCUGGCAAGGAUCAAGAAGAUCAUGAAAGCCGAUUCCGAUGUCCCAAUGAUCACGGGUGAGGCACCGGUGUUGUUUGCCAAGGCUUGUGAGAUGUUCAUCCAGGAACUAACACUGCGGGCGUGGCUUCACGCUGAGGACACUGCAGAAGAAUGA